CAGUUAUUCGUUACUCAUCAGUUCCAGUUCGGUUCAGCAAAAAUUGUGCAAAUAAAUUGCGGAAAGUCGGAUUGUUUAUGUGGGAAUCGGCAGCGAAAAGCGACUCGGCGGCAGUAACAACUAGAGUGAAUGAAGUGAGCACUGCCACUCCCACGCACACUACUGUGCAGUCUGUGUGCGCCAACUGUGAAUUGCGAAGUGCGAAUUCCGUACUUCGGAUUGCGGAUUCCCCCCCUCCCUUAAAGCACUUGGAAAACCAACACCUGGCGCACGUACACGCACACGCACACUUGUCCUGCUAGCGAAAGAAAAAUCCCUGUCAGCUGGUGCAGCGAUUCCCGAAGCAACUCCGAGGAGCAGGACACCGUGGAAAGAGGCGACAACUGAAGCUGGUCUUCAGUGAACACAGAGUCCAGUGAGCAAGUGUGAGCAAGUAAACAAGUGAUACAGCGCUUGGCAGGAGUCACAGAUUAUCUGAGCGACCACCUGGAUGCCCGGCUUUCACCUCAAUGAGAUGGGUGAAAUGGUCCUGGACGCCAUCGACGACAUCGGCGUGGUCGAUGUGUACGACUUGGCCUCCGACAUUGGCAAGGAGUACGAGCGGAUCAUGGACCGCUUCGGCACGGACGCCGUCAGCGGGCUGAUGCCCAAGAUCAUCAACACCCUGGAGCUGUUGGAGGCGCUGGCCACGAAGAACGAGCGCGAGAACGCCACCAUCCAGGAGCUGCGCGAUAAGGUGGCCCAGCUGGAGAGCGAGAAGCUGGAGAAGGCCGAGUUCCGGCGGCGGUUCGACAAGGAGCUGGAGCUGAUCGAAGAGCAGUGGCGCAGCGAGACCAACGAGCUGGUCGAUCUCGUCUCCUCGCUGCAAGACGAGAACAAGCGGCUGGUAAAGCAGACUCAGGAUCUGCAGUCAUCGUCCGCCCAGAGCUCCGGCCUGGGGGCCAGUCUCACCGAGAGCAUUAUCAGCAUGACCAACCACGAGCUGCACAGCGCUCUUUCGGAUACUCAAGUGCUGCAACGGCUGAAGGAGCAGAUAUACAAGCAGCGCGACGAGUUGAAGCACCGCGAGCGUGAGCUGCAGGACAAGUACAGCGAGCUGGAGCACCUCAAUAUCCAGGCGGAGCGUCUGAAGGCAUCAGAGCGAGAUACCCGGCGCCGCCACAAGCUGAUGCAGGCCCAAGUGAAGACGCUGUGCGAGGAGCGCGCCGACUUUCUUGCCCAGCUGCAGGACCAGAGCCGGGAGAUCAACCAACUGCGCAAGCGAUUGGGCCUGGCCGAAAAGGAGAAUGAGGAUUUGGUGGCCUCGUACGACGAUGGCCAGAACGAUCCCAACCGGCCGCGGUACACCACGCGCGAGCUGAAAGAGUUGAUUAGCGAGCGCGAUGAGCUGCUGACCACCAUCGACACCCUCAACGAGCAGCUGGCGGAGCUGAAGCCACCAAGCCAGGCGAAGGGCAAGCGGCAGCGUCACUUCUCCAGCUCCGACGAUAGCGAUGAGGACGACGAUGGUCACGUGGCGGACAACGAUGAUGACGACGACGAGGAGGAGGCGGCUGCCGAGGCGAACGAGCUGGAGCCACCAGCGGCCGGAGAAACUGCAUCGCUUUUCAGGCCACCUGGACACGAUGCGCCCGUGCAGGGCCCUUUGCCCUACGAGCCGGACGAUGCGCCCUGGAAGAAGAGCUCCGAGUCGGGAAUACGCAAAUUCUUCCGGAAGCUGUUCUCGGACCCGUCGGACGGCAGCAACACGUUCCCGAAACGUUCCUUGGCCACGCUCUCCAAGAUGGCGCUGUCGGCCACGCCCGGUUCCGUUUCCGCCUCCGCAGCGGCGAAGUAAGCGCCCCUUAAAGCAUCCGAGUUGGCGUGCAUUUCACUUUUCGUUUGUUUUCUGUUUUUCCGUUUCCGUUCCAUUCCGUUCCGUUCCGUUUGCACUGCCCCCCGCACCCCUGCAUCUUGCAUCCUAAUUUAUUAUUUAUUUUUUACUUUUACGUCUUACGAUUACGUUUACAUUUAGUUUAGGCAACAGCCUGUAUCUGACCCUGUCCCUCGCCAUUCACCUGCUCCGCCUGAGCUGUACAUACAUAGUUUACACACUCGAUUGCUGUGCCCUCAUAAUUCUAAGUUGUUAUGCAAUUUUGUUUACGUAAUACGCGUUUUAUUCGUAACUCGUAACCCCUAACUGUACUGGAUAUAUUUAAUACGAAUCCACUUUGUAUUUUUCGUACCUUCGAUUUAUUCUAACUUGAUUAACGACUACCACAUAAGACUCCAAACAUACCACAGCCCCCACAUGUGCACGUGUUUCAAAAAUCAAGAUCGAGAACGAAAACGAGAACGAAAACGAUAUCGAGAUUGUGCAAAGAUUGCCGAGUGAGUUUUUAAUGAAUUUAGACAAAAACAAGCUUAGAAAGACAAACAGUCCUCCCAGGUGCAGAUGCAGAGAAAACGAUUCGGUGAGAUGAGGAGACGAGACGAGGAGGACUCUGGUUCUGGGACCCCAGAUUUUAGAAAGUCUAGGUAGAACGGGAAGAUUUUGCUUCAAUUAUCCGUAGUGUAACUGUCCCUAAGACCCCUGCAUCUAUCUAGAUCUUCGGCUAUCGCCAGCCCGUAUGAGUAUUUUAGCACUCUCAUAGCAGUUGCCCCAAGCGGCCUUAUAAAUAUAUUACAAAUUUAUCAAAAUACGCAAACCUUAGAGCGAAAGAAACCUAAAAGUAUAUAUAAUUGAUAUAUAAUUAGCAAACGUUACAACCUUAGCGCAUUGUUUGUUGACUUGAAUUGAACUAACUAACGAAACCAAUCUCAGCAUAGUAGAUUCCAUUGAUAGCAUUCGAUUGCACAAAGAUGCCAAAAAGCGAAAAUCUCCGCGUUACCCCAUUGCCGGCCGGCCAGUCUAAAUCAAGGAAUGUUUUAGCCAAGAGUUUUACCAUAGACUUAGCCACUGACCAGCUCGAAUUGUUGUUACCGCACCCAGACGACUUCGCCCAGAGCCCCCACUCCACUUGAAGCCCAGUGAUUUCGAGGAGAUCUCAGUCCGAUCCUCGUUCAUAGCUAGUAUCCAUGAGAGAGACGCCCAUGUAGUGCAAUUACCAAUAUGGUGUCACUUCCCGCUCCCCUUCCACUCACAAGCACAAAGCGAGGAAACUCCGUUUACAUAUCAGCUCCAUCGCUAUCGUCGAUGCGAACGUGCCAAAGACUAAUGGUCAGACCCUAUGCCCCCAUUAUUCGCAACUCCCCCCCACUACCCACACCACGCACCGAACACCCAGCCCACAACACCCGACUUACCAAUCUCAAUUAACCCAUCUCGUUUCGAACACAACAAAGAGUGGCAACUGAACUUUUAUAAAAUUGAACACGAGCGCGCAAUGGCAUCGAUAUGAAAAAGUGGACUAACGUUGAGUGGGUGAAGACCACGAAAAGAAGAUGGAGAGAAAUUGAGUAUUUGGUGAAUUAAUGUUAACUAAAUUUAUAUACACAUAUACACAUGCAUUAUACAUAAUAUACUUUACUAUAUACUAUGUAAUACCGUAUUAUAUGGAACUAUGACUAACCAAAAAGGCAACAAGGCAACAAUUAUACAAAAUUCAAAGCGUACCAGGGUGGCACUUGGACCAUGGACUGCAGGAGCGACCAGAGCGAUAGCGAGCAUCGGAUCGGAUCGGAUUGGAUCGCAUCAUGGUGAACCGCAUCAGAGGGCGACGCCUCCGCAUCCGGGUAUCAUCUGCUCACCCCUGUACGUACAUCAAAUUUAUGAGUGGCUUCCUUUGAGCGACCACCAAAAUAAACUUAUGAACCGUGG